ACGUACCUAACAUACACAUUGAUAAUUGAACUUAUUCAAGCAAAAUUUGCAGCCAAUAUUUUGCUCAAAUUUUACCAUUUGCAUUAUCAACGAAAAAAUGAAAAUCCUCUAGAAAUAAUAGAUCUUCAUCUAUAGACUCUGAAAAAACGAAAAUCAAGUAAACUAGAAAUAUUACCACAUUGUUGUGGGUUUUGUUUUACUUCACACAUUUUCCAUUUACAGGUGUUCCUAAUGGGUAUAACUCUAUACGCCCCAGCGCUUGCGCUGCAAACCGUUGUCGGAACACCUCUUUGGCUUUCCAUAGCUGUCAUCGGUUUAGUUUGCACCAUCUACACUGCAAUUGGAGGUAUUAAGAGCGUUGUCUGGACGGACGUUUUUCAGUGUCUUAUCAUGUUCAUUGGUGUGGUAGCUGUAAUCAUAAAGGGUAGCAUUGUCGUUGGAACAAGACACUCAGUCAUCAGGGUUGCCACAGAGGGACACAGACUGGAGUGGUUUAACUUUGACCCGGAUCCAAGGGUCCGUCAUACAAAUUGGGGAUUCCUGUUUGGCGCAUUGUUUGCAUUUUUACCAAACUGGUGUAAUCAAGCCGGCGUGCAGAGGUUUUCAUCUCUCCGAAGUCUCGAGUCCGCGUACAGGACUUUCUGGUUGCUGAUUCCCGUAGCUGUAGCGUACCAUAUAAUCCUGGGGUAUUUUGGAAUCCUUAUAUACUCGUACUACAACAUGUUGGGAUGUGAUCCUGUCCAAGCCGGAUUAAUAUCCAAUUUCAAUCAGAUAGUGCCCUAUUUCGUGCUAGAUGUAUUACGAUCACUCCCAGGACUUUCUGGUAUCUUCAUCAGCUGUUUGUUUAGUGGAUCUCUUAGUUCCUUUUCAUCUGGAAUCAACGCUUUAUCAGCGAACACCGUGGAGGAUAUCUUUGGUGGACUCAUUCAGAAAUCCAAGCUAGUUUCACAAACAUUCGCAGCAAAGUUAUUCGUCUUCGUUUACGGAAUAGCAGUCAUUGGACUGGCGUACAGCAUCAUCUCUAUGUCAGGUUCCAUAACCCAGAAGGCUGGAAUCGUAGUUGGAGCGUGCGGGGGACCACUGACCGGGAUCUACUUUCUCGGUGGAAUGAUUCCAAAGGCAAACUGGAUAGGCGCAAUUGUCGGCUCUGUGACGGCUGUCAUCUUCAACAUUUGGAUAGCCUUUGGAGCCGAGAUGUAUGGGAAGCCGCCUGUAAAAUUAGCCCCAAAUCCUACGAUUGGGUGUUUCCCCAGCAACUUCACAGAAACUAUGAUGGAACAGCCGAUGUACUCCUACAAUAUAACUUUGUACAAUGUAACUGGACACUCCAGGACGUCACAAGACAGCCCGCUCACAUCAGAUGGAGGUUUUUUCCUCUACAACGUGUCCUACGUAUGGUACGGAUUCAUCGGGUUUUUCCUAACCCUGAUCAUUGGUACUGUCGUCAGCUUGUGUACAGGGGGUGAUCGUGGAGAGCCUGUGGACGCUCGUCUGAUCUUUCCUGUCUGUAGGAGGCUGUGUGGUAUCCAGCCAUGUUCACAUGACGGUGCUCAGAUACUAUUAAUCUACUUCCAAUCAGACUGGUGAGUCUCAAGCGGUCAUACAAUGUUCAACGACUGAGCACCAGGGAACGCCACUCAAUAUUCAACCAACAGACAGAGACUGCAAUGAACCCCUGUUGUAAAAUAUUUCUGUUGUGAAAAACGCAAAUUUUCAUAUUCAUAUGCUUUGGUGUAGUUUAUAUUGUGAAUACAAGUAAUGAGAUAUCCGUAUUUAGUUCAUGCACAUAUUUUACUUUGUUUUAGUUACGAUUUAUUAAAUACAU